GGUUUUUAAUGCGCUUUGUUACAAAAUGGCGACGCACGUCCGAGCAUGCGCUUUGGACCGCCGCCCGGGCUUUCACUCAGUGAAUGGAAGACCGCCUAGCAGCGCGAACGUGGGGUGAACAACAGUGUGAGUGAAAUGACCAUCGCGUGAUUCCAGGAUGUCUGUGGCCGCGGCCGCUGUGGGGCCCGGCCACUUGCGACCAUGUGCGGCGAAAUAGGCGUGCCCGCACACGGCCGGCGCUCUGGUCGGGGCGCAGCGCGGCCCCCGGGCGCGUUGAGUUGACAGCAUGCUAAUCGACAACACCACUGCCAACCUCACCGACCUGGCCAACGUCCCCGCCAGUCCGUACUCUCUUGUCCAGAAGAUCGGCAUCGCCAUCAUUGCCAGCAUCCUCUCUGUCCUGACCGUCGCUGGCAACUCCAUGGUUAUGAUCAGCUUCAAAAUCGACAAGCAAUUACAAACGAUUAGCAACUAUUUCUUGUUCUCGCUUGCCGUUGCCGACUUCGCUGUCGGUCUGAUCUCCAUGCCUUUGUUCGCGAUGUUCACUAUCUACGGAUACUGGCCGCUCGGGCCGCAUAUAUGCGACACGUGGCUGGCUUUAGAUUAUCUAGCAUCGAACGCGUCAGUUUUAAACUUGCUCAUCAUAAGCUUCGACAGAUAUUUUAGUGUUACGCGACCGUUAACUUAUAGAGCUAAGAGGACUACACGGAGAGCUACGGUCAUGAUAGGCAGUGCGUGGGGUUUUAGUUUAGUGUUGUGGCCUCCCUGGAUUUAUGCGUGGCCGUAUAUAGACGGUGAACGCAAGGUGCCCCCAAACGAGUGUUACAUUCAGUUUAUAGAGACGAACCAGUUUAUCACGUUCGGGACGGCUAUAGCCGCCUUCUACGUGCCAGUGACUGUGAUGUGCAUAUUGUACUAUCGGAUAUGGCGCGAGACGAAGAAACGGCAAAAGGAUCUGCCGAAUCUACAGGGUGGGAAGAAACACGACUCGUCUAAGAGGUCUAACUCUAGCGACGAGACGAAAGAGGUGGAUGUGCGGGCGCGGUCUGAGUCCGGGGACGCGGACUCCGUGUACCACGUGCGGGGCGCGCUGCACGACUCCAGGUGGAAGGAGCAGCAGAAUGCUCGGUUAGCGCGGUCGCAGAAGCAGGGCUUCGCCGCUGUCCGCGCGUGGUGCGUGGCGUGGUGGCACUCCGGCAGGGAGGACCUGGAGGACACGGAGCCCGAGGAGGAGCCCUCGGAUCCGGGCUACGCCACGCCCGUUUCCGUGGAGACCCCACUGCAGAGCACUGUAUCGAGAUGCACAUCGCUAAACGUCAUCAGGGACCCUUACGCCGGCCGCGGGGGCUCCGGCGGCUCGGGCGGCGACGGGGGCACCUCUCCCCUCCGCCGCACAUACGACGCCCCCUCCGCCCCAAUCCCCGCGGCCCGCGACAGCCGGUCCCUCCCCCCCAACACCAGAAUCAACACUACUACCUCACCUGCACCAAAAUCAGUUUCAGCCGACUCGGUAUACACUAUCCUUAUCAGGCUACCAGAAGCUGAUUCGGAACAAAAUAGACCUACAAUAAAAAUGAUCUCAGAAGAAUCACCUCCUACAAACAACACCAGACCACACUUCCGACCAACGAGAGGAGAUUCAGAAUUAAAUCUACAUCCAGCUGGACACCCCGCGUUGACCAGAAGAACCUCACAUAUACAAGACGUUAGGAUUCCUCUUAACGCCAAAAUAAUACCGAAACAACUUGCUGGCAAAGGAAUAACAAAAGCACCAAAGUCGAAAAAGAAAACACAAGAGAAAAAACAGGAGACGAAAGCUGCUAAAACACUAUCCGCUAUUCUUCUAUCAUUUAUUAUCACUUGGACGCCUUAUAAUAUCCUCGUGUUACUUAAGCCUCUCACCGCUUGCACCGGGUGCAUUCCUGACGAAUUAUGGUCUUUCUUCUAUGCCCUAUGUUACAUCAACUCUACGAUAAACCCAGUGUGUUAUGCAUUGUGUAAUGCUACUUUUAGAAGAACAUACGUCAGGAUAUUAACUUGCAAAUGGCAUAACAGAAAUAGAGAAGCGAUGACUAGAGGUGUUUACAAUUAGGAAUGGAUUCAAUAUUAUUUUACUAUAAGAUUAAGACGGUACCAAUUUAAUGAUUGCCCAAUUUUGGUACCUGAAUAAAUAAUCUUUGUGGCAGAAGUUAUUUUAAAAGCCAUUCUUUGUGAGUAGUUUCAUUUUCAUUAGUGAGUUGACCGUCCCGUCCAAAGAAUAGUUGUAUGAUUUGUAGAUUUCGUAAUUUUUUGUGAUAAUUUCUUGAAGAUUAAGUGUUGAUAAUUACUGAUUUAAUUUUCGCAUCUUCUCCUGUUGUAAGCAGAAGAUCUAAUAGCCAAAGAUAAGGAAUUAUGAUUUCGUAAAUAAGGGUCGAAUAUUUUGAAGAGGAACGAAACGAAAUUGACGUGUGUGGUUUGUAAAAUCUCUAGUAAUUUCUCUACGGUGCACGGUGUUCUACAUGAGAGGUGUGAGCUUUUAAGAUUAAAUGGACGAAUUUAGGCGAGAAUAAUUUAAAUAAUUUAUACCUUACUAAUUAAUGGACUGUCAUUGCCAAAUUUCAUGUGAUUUAUAAGUAUCUCAUUAAACAUUUUAUUGUCAAGCUGACUAUUUUAAGCCUGUGACAUUUUAAUUUAUUCCAUAACUUAAGUUUUUCAAAUAAUAUAUAAUUUUGGUGUCGAAGCCUAUUACCAAGUCGUUGGUAUGGUAUUUGUCGUAACUUAGUUCUAAGUUGUGUGCAUAAACGAAUAGUUUAUACAGAGAUAGUUCUGCCUUGUUUUUCAAACUUGAUGUGUGUUUUAUCUUAGUGUUAAUUAUAAAGAUUCUAAGCAAUAUUUACUUGAUAUUCUGUGGUACUGAUUGUUCGUUGCGGUAGAUAUUAAGAAAGUUACCUUGGAAUAAAU